AAAUAUUAUACUGGCAACACAGCUAAUAAGUGUCCGGGAAUAUUUACCUUUUCAAAAUUAUGUUGAUUGUCGAUACAAUUUUUAAACAAUGUUUGUCUUAGCUGAAAUGAAGGAUGUAAUUCGAAUAACACCAGACCACUUUCAUCAAAGUUUAACGGAUUCUAUUACGACAUUACUCAAUAGAAAACUUGCAAAUAAGGUCGUGCUUAAUGUCGGUGUAUGCAUAGCUCUCUUCGAUAUAACAGAUAUUGGACAUUCAUAUAUAUUUCCUGGCGAUGGCUCAUCACACACUGAAGUUAAAUUUAGGUAUAUUGUUUUCCGACCAGUAGUUGAGGAGAUACUUAUAGGAAAAAUUAGAAGUUGUAGUAGGGAAGGUGUACAUGUGACCUUAGGAUUUUUUGAUGAUAUACUAAUUCCGGUGAAUGCACUUCAACAUCCAUCACGGUUUGAUGAAACCGACCAAGCUUGGGUGUGGGAAUACCCUAAAGAAGAUGGAGAGAAACAUGAUUUGUUUAUGGAUUCUGGUGAAUCAAUAAGGUUUCGUGUGACUAGCGAAGCCUUUGAAGAGAGCUUGCCUUCAGGACCUCCAGGUGUUGAAUGUAGUGUCCAAACAACAGCCCCAUACAGACUUAUAGGUGGAAUCAAUGAACCUGGCCUGGGCCUGUUGUCCUGGUGGGAAACUCCUGACCAAGGGGAUGAUGAUAAUGAUGAGCAAGAGGUUUAAUAGUAUAAAUUAAUUUAGAUUUUUAAAUAUACUUUUUAUAUUUCA